UCUGUUGGUACUCACACUCACUCACCAGACCUAACCGAACCUUUACGCACACCGGCGCUCCUCGGUCACAGAGCAACGUCUCUGUUCGCGUUUACAACUUUUACAACUUUUUUGGUCCUCUAACUUGUGAUCAUGGCUGCAACUGAAGCUCUGCUACCUCCUAUAACAUCAUUUCCAAGUGUUCAAGCGAUGGAAGGAAAACAGUUUGAUGAUAUGUGCAAGGUAGAGUGCACAACAGCUGGCGCAACAGACGACCCGCUCAUCCAGGUGGAGUUCUGCAUCGUUCAGUCUCCCGCUUUGCCUCCCAAAGACGACGACGAUCUGGGGAGAUUCUUGGACCUCGAGUUCAUUUUGUCCAACACCAUCGACUCCGACAGCAGCGGCAACAACUCUCCUCCGCAGCACUGCGCGUAUUCUCUACCGGAGUCUCCGGAGAGCUGCAGCGGUAGUUCCGACCACGGUCACCUUCCUGCUAACCUGAGUUACCACCCGGUCAGCAGUCUCAUGGCGGAGCUUCUCACGCCGGAGAUCAGCUAUCCGGUGGAAAGGUCACCAGAGGAGAGCGCCGGCAAGGCGAGAGACUUGCGGGAGUACACCGAACUGCGAGCUUUGAAUCCGGUCUCCAUUCCAUCUCCUCAUCACCAAGUGUCCACGUCUCCUCCACCAUCGUGCACACCGCUUGGAUACAAAGUUAAAACCGAGCCUGUGGGUCAGUCUUGUAUGAUGGCUGCUGUUGGUGUUGGAGGGGACUUUAUGGAACAGAUGUUUGAGAGGCACCAGAUGCGCUCCGUGCACCAAGCAGCAGCUUUUACGCACCACCACCAGCAGGCUACUACCACAUUGCCAGGAUUCGGUGUGCACCACAUGCAUAAUCCUGCACAAAUGAACUCUCAUCUUCAUCAUCAACAUCCUCAUCUCCAAAACCAGUACAUGAACGCGGCCUACCAGCAGCACCAGUACGCGCAACACCAGAGUUUGGCACAGUUUCAAGGACAGUUCAGCGUGCACAGAGAGCCUCUGCGCGUUCACCAGCAGCAUCACCCGGCGUCCAUGCAGGGGAUGAUGCUCACGCCUCCGUCGUCGCCGUCGUUGCUGGAGUUUUACGCACAGGAGGAGGCUGGGAGCAUCAAGCAGCAGAAGCGAGGACGCAGGACUUGGGCCAGAAAACGCGCUGCGACGCACAGCUGCGACUACCCAGGAUGUGGGAAAACCUACACCAAGAGCUCCCACCUCAAAGCACACAUGAGAACACACACAGGUGAGAAACCCUACCACUGCAACUGGGAAGGCUGCGGAUGGAAGUUUGCCAGGUCAGAUGAGCUGACCCGUCACUUCAGAAAGCACACCGGACACCGACCUUUCCAGUGUCACAUGUGCGAGCGUGCGUUUUCCCGUUCAGAUCACCUGGCUCUCCACAUGAAAAGGCACAUGUAAGGCCACAUGGAACUUUUUGCAUCCAUCAUGGGGUCAUGCCUGGAGCAUCCCUGAAGAAGCACAAGUUGGCCUCCUCACUACAUGAAACAUCAGGACCAAACCAACGAAAACCUUAGUGCAUGUGUGGUGCCUUGGUAUAGAGACAUUAAAGCAGCCUGAUCAUACCUCUGAGGUACCACACAUGUAGUUAGUCAAGUGCCUCUCCAUCAGAAAACAAGGAUGAAUGCUGGUGUAUUUUUUUGUACAUAUUUGAAUUCUGGCUAAAUUAUAGUAGUUUUUUAUUUAAGAUAUUUCCUGGCCCUGUCACUGAAAUAAGUUAUUGAUCCUUCAGUGAGUGCCUUAACAAGACUGCAUAUUCACUGUGGGCAGGACCCAGAACUUUGUACAUAAUGUAAAUUGUAUUUUUUUUAAUGUUUACAUCUUAUAUCUUUGAUACUCAAAAUCAGGUCAGGGUUUUUUUAUUGACAAUUUUUUUCAUUCUAUUUUCUCAAGGUUUUUUUUAGUCAAUAGAUGUUAUAUAUUUGCUAAGGCCUAUAUUUCACACUUUGUGAUGGUUUGCUUGAGCAAUGCUAACAAAUUCAGGUACUAAAGAUCAUUUUCUGUCCCCAUUUUAGUAUCCCAAAUUCACUCAAUUUAAAAUAUUAUUUACAGCUCAGUUUUUUUUUCUGGGGGAUAUAACACACAUAUUUUGUGAUAGAAGAUAUGCUUUUUAUGUUUUUAUUUUUAUUUUUUAAGAAUGAAGAAAUCCACUGCAACCAAUGGUUGAUCUGCUGUACUUGAAACUGAAUUGUUAUUCAGAUGUAUUUUUUUCUUUUUUUAACAAUGCAAUUGUUUUUUUAUGUGCUUAAGGGCUCAGAAAAUAAAAGUACCUUUACAAAUAUA